AGCUACUCUAGCUACGGACACCUAGCUAGAGCUGUGCGGGAUCGUGAUGGGCUUCGGGAAGACACUCUGCUCGAGUAUAAGAAUGCCCACUCUCCUCCUCCUCGAGUGGGCGAUUGGAAUUUCUUCUUUGACGCCCCAAGCUGAGACACAUAUCAUACCUAUCGCCUUUAUCCUCAUCACCACCACCACUACCACCACUACCACGGACGUCAUACAGUCCAGGGAUUGGCUAUCUGUCCUCCUCCCUACCCGCACCCCACAUACAUAUAGUGCUCAGGAACCUUCAACGAUAAAGGGUCCUACACACAUACCGUACUCCAUUGCCUCCUCCGCCGCACCGUUUUUUUUAUUUUUUUAUUUUUGGCAGCAGCUGCUUUCUCUUUCUCUUUCUCCUUCCAAAUAAACCUCCCGUCCAUCCAUCCAUCCUCCACCAUGUCCUCAAUCUUCAACCGCUACCUAGGGAAGGAGCACCACCUGGGCGUGGUAGCCGUCGGCUUCUCCGGCGGACAGGGCAAAUCCGGCGUCGACGCCGCACCGCAAGCCCUAAUCGACGCGGGGCUUUUGACGGCACUGCACGACGACCUCUCGUACACGAUCCACCACGACGGGGUCGUGCACUCGUACACCGAAUACAUGCCCUCCUCCGACCCGCCACUGCACGUAGCGGGGGCCAGCAAGCCCAUGCUGCGACCCGUCACAGUUUCCAACGUGACGCAGGCGUUGUCCAUGCAAGUGUACGAGCACGCGCGGGAGGGGAGGCUAGUGCUCACGCUCGGUGGGGACCACAGCAUUGCGGUUGGAAGCAUCAGCGGGACUGCGAAGGCGGUUCGGGAGCGGCUCGGGAAGGAGAUCGCCGUGAUAUGGGUUGACGCCCACGCCGAUAUCAACACGCCACAUUCCUCCGGAAGCGGGAAUAUUCACGGCAUGCCCGUGGCGUUUCUCGCGGGGUUCGCAGAAGCCCCACGGGAGAACCCGGAUGUCUUCGGGUGGCUCACUGAGGAGCAUAGGAUCAACCCCAAGAAGCUUGUCUAUAUCGGCCUCAGAGACGUUGAUCUCGGCGAGAAGAAGAUCCUCAGGGAGAAUGGCAUCAAGGCGUUUAGCAUGCACGACGUGGAUCGACAUGGUAUCGGAAAGGUCAUGGAGAUGGCACUCGAGUAUGUCGGCGACUCCCCGAUACACCUGAGCUUUGACGUGGAUGCGUUGGAUCCAAUGUGGGCGCCGAGUACGGGGACGCCCGUUAGAGGCGGAUUGACGCUGCGUGAGGGCGACUUUAUCUGCGAGUGCGUGCAUGAGUCUGGCGCGCUGGUGGCGAUGGAUCUAGUCGAGGUCAACCCACAUAUCAACGAACAGGGGAGCCCGUACGCUGUGGGAGAGACUGUUAGGGCCGGUUGCUCACUGGUGCGGUGUGCGCUGGGAGAGAGCUUGCUGUGAGUGAGUAGUGGUGGUGGUGGAUUGUGGAUUAUCAGUGGGAGAGCGCUUGCUGUGAGUGAGUGGGCAGUGGUGGACCGUGGAUUGUGGAUUAUCAGUGGGAAAGGGCUUUCCUUUGUGUCAAUAGAGUCGAGUCCGAGUACGGCAUUACCAACGGCGCAUUAAGACUUGCUGAUUCACAUGAUUCAUAUGAUAUCAACCGAUCUCUUCUUUUUU